GCGGCCACUCAGUUCACAUUGAGGACUCGUCAAACAGCAUUUCUGAUCCCGUUUCUGACCUGAAAUUAGCUGAAAUGUACCUGAAAUUACCUGAAAUUAGAGUGUGCCCGCCCGAGCGAGUGAUGCCUAAAACAUGCAAAGACACGUCAGUGUAAUUGUGGAUGGCGAGAGCCCUGAAAUACAGCUGGACAGCAGCGGUCUUCAUCACUGCCCCUUCUGCAGAUACAAAGGGUCAAAAUGUGAUAUAGACCAUCACAUUAAAUGCCAUGCCUCAGUUAAAUACAGAGGUCUGCAGAGGAGCUUUCAGGAAGCAGGAAGAGAAGACGGGAGGAAAAAAAGCUACAGGAUAAAGAUCUCUGCACAAAAAGGGCUAGAGUUGCUCCAACAGCAUCCAGCUCUGAAGGAUCAGGUCAUGUAUAGACUGUUAAUCCAGACAAAACUGAAGACCAGGAACUGGAACCUGGGAACCUGGAAGAUGAUGUUGUCCUGAAAGACACAAUUCAGGCAGCAGCAUGGUGCCAGUUACAGUCCUUCAAGGACAGAGUUUCUCACCCAGAGGUCAUUGGGAUGGAAGGUUGGGAGCAGAUGGCAGCAUCAACACAGCGCAAAUCCCAUGACGGCGGGGAUGAGGAAGAAACGUGGAAACCAUUCCUAUUCUCAUUCAGAUUACAUACUGACUAUGAACUGUUCUGUGUUGAGAUGAUGGACAGGAGAAACCUGAAGGUGUUUGCCUCUUUUGAGUCGAACACCUCUCCCCCUCCCCGUGACGCCUGAGCCACACGACUCCAAUGUAGUCUGAUGAUGCAGCAUAAUGGCAGCGCUUGGCAGCUAUGGCGGCGGUGACGGCGAUGUCGGGCGACAGAGAGUGAAGCGAGAGUGGCGUCCACCUCACUGAGGAAGGCGUCAGUGUGUUCCCCCCCCCGUUGAGACUUUGUUUGUUCUACUCUUUAUUGAUUUAUCUUUUAUGUUAAUAGUUUACAAUCUAUUUUUUGUAGUUGUUAUUUUUUAAUUGUUUUGUUGAAUAAAAAGACUGUUGUUAGUGCUCCUGUGA